AUGAAAUUAAGCAAAGUUGGAAAUCAAACAAAUUCUCAAGAUCCACAAGCAGUAAAUUCGAGAGUUUUUGUAGGAAAUUUAAACACAUUUCAAUGUUCGAAAACGGAUGUUGAAAGAAUGUUUCAAAGAUAUGGACGAAUCGCUGGUAUUUCAAUGCAUAAGGGUUAUGCAUUCGUGCAAUUUACAAAUCCAUUCGAUGCAAGAAGUGCCUGUUUGGGAGAAGAUGGCAGGACCGUAUUAGGACAGAUAUUAGGUUUCCGUGAAGUCUUACCAAUUUUAAUUGGAUAA